CAAGAGCUGACCGGGAGCUGGGGCCGCGAGCCUGGGAGCGCCCCGGACAGGGCUGAGGCCAUGGCCCCGCCGCCGCCGCCGGCCGCCAGCACCCCACUCCUGCACGGCGAGUUUGGCUCCUACCCGGCCCGGGGCCCACGCUUCGCCCUCACUCUCACAUCACAGGCCCUGCACAUACAGCGGCUGCGCCCCAAGCCCGAGGCCCGGCCCCGGGGCGGCCUGGUCCCGCUGGCUGAGGUCUCAGGCUGCUGCACCCUGCGGAGCUGCAGCCCCUCGGACCCCGGGGCCUACGUGUGCAUCUACACCUACCCCCAGGGCCGGCGAGGGGGCCGGCGCAGAGCCACCCGCACCUUCCGGGUGGACGGGGCGGCCACCUAUGAGGAGAACCGUGCCGAGGCCCAGCGUUGGGCCUCUGCCCUCACCUGCCUGCUCCGAGGACUGCCUCUGCCUGGGGACGGGGAGAUCACCCCUGACCUGCUGCCUCGGCCAGCCCGGCUGCUCCUGUUGGUCAAUCCGUUUGGGGGGCGGGGCCUGGCCUGGCAGUGGUGUAAGAACCAUGUGCUUCCCAUGAUCUCCGAAGCUGGGCUGUCCUUCAACCUCAUACAGACAGAACGGCAGAACCACGCCCGGGAGCUGGUGCAGGGGCUGAGCCUGGGCGGCUGGGACGGCAUCGUGACGGUCUCUGGAGACGGGCUCCUGUAUGAGGUGCUGAACGGGCUCCUGGACCGCCCUGACUGGCAGGAGGCCGUGAAGGUGCCCGUAGGCAUCCUCCCCUGCGGGUCGGGCAACGCGCUGGCGGGAGCAGUGAACCAGCGUGGGGGGUUCGCACCGUGCCUGGGCCUCGACCUGCUGCUCAACUGCACGCUGCUGCUCUGCCGGGGUGGCGGCCACCCCCUGGACCUGCUCUCGGUGACACUGGCCUCAGGGUCCCGCUGCUUCUCCUUCCUGUCGGUGGCCUGGGGCUUCGUGUCCGACGUGGACAUCCACAGCGAGCGCUUCAGGGCCCUGGGCAGUGCCCGCUUCACACUGGGCACAGUGCUGGGCCUCGCCACGCUGCACACCUACCGCGGACGCCUCUCCUACCUCCCCGCCUGCGCCGAGCCCGCCUCCCCCACCUCUGCCUCUGGGCUGCCCCGGGCUAAGUCGGAGCUGACCCUGGCCCCAGACCCAGCCCCUCCCGUGGCCCACUCACCCCUGCACCGCUCAGUGUCUGACCUGCCCCUGCCCCUGCCCCAGCCGGCCCUGGCCUCCCCGGGCUCGCCGGAGCCCCUGCCUAUCCUCUCUCUCAACGGCGGGGGCCCCGAGCUGGCUGGGGACUGGGGUGGGGCUGGGGAUGCCCCGUUGUCCCCAGACCCACUGUUGCCCUCACCCCCCGGCUCCCCCAAGGCAGCUCUGCUCUCUCCCAUCACUGAGGGGCCCCCAGAAGUGCCAGCAUCCCCUGGGCCCCCGCCCCCACCCCCUACUCCUGUUGCCCCCGAAGCUGAAUGCAAGUGGGGCCCGCCGGACCAUCUGCUGCCGCCUCUCGGCAGCCCGCUGCCCCCAGACUGGGUGACGCUGGAGGGAGACUUUGUUCUCAUGUUGGCCAUCUCGCCCAGCCACCUGGGUGCCGACCUCGUGGCGGCGCCCCACGCGCGCUUUGACGACGGCCUGGUGCACCUGAUAUGGGUGCGUAGCGGCAUCUCGAGGGCCAUGCUGCUGCGCCUUUUCCUGGCCAUGGAGCAUGGCAGCCACUUCAGCCUGGGCUGUCCGCAGCUGGGCUACGCCACUGCCCGUGCCUUCCGCCUUGAGCCCCUCACGCCUCGCGGCGUGCUGACGGUGGACGGGGAGCAGGUGGAGUACGGGCCACUGCAGGCACAGAUCCACCCGGGCCUGGGCACGCUGCUCACCGGGCCUCCUGGCAGCUGCAGGCAGGGCCCCUGAACCUAACCAAGCCUGGAACCCGCCGGGGGCGGGGCCUACAUUCCAAGGAGGUGGAGCCUGAGCCAGGGGGCGUGGUCUGGCUGCUAAGAGGGCGGAGGCCCGCAAGGGCCUUAGUCCCGACUCAGGAUUGCGCCUGCCCCCCCAGGGAACCAGAUGCGAUGCUGAAGGGAGGCCUGGACUCCACGCGCGUCCCGAGGGUAGUGCCUGACGUCCGAGCUCCGGCCACCGGGCGUGGCCUCGGUCCAGACCGCAUAGGGCUCGGGACGGCCCUGGCGUCUGAGGGCGGAGCCUGCCUUACGCGUCACCCAAUGACGGAACCUGGAAUGUACGCACUGGGGAGGCCUUAGAUAACUGGCGGGUGUGGGCCCGGGUCUCGCCCUAUCCACUCCGGUGCCUCCACUGAACUGGCCAGUCAGCUCGGGAGGGGCGGGUCCCCCGGGCCAGCGCUCGGAUUUGCACUAAUAUUCCCGCCCCCGAGGGCGCGGGCGGGGAAGCCCAUUCCCCUGUUGUGUGUCGUCUGCGUCCCCCUCGUCCCCAGUCUAAAAAGCAAUUGAAAAGGUCUAUGCAAUAAAGGAGCCGCUUCGUUCCGCGCGGA